UGCUACAGAGGUGUUGCCAGCGUGGUAUUCCCGCAGCCAGCUCCCAAAACGGUGCCUGGACUCCCCGCUGGAAUAACGCUCGGCAGAAGGCAGGAGUGAACGGUCCUAGAAGAGAGCGGUCACCGGGAUUAGCUGGCUGCGAGCAUUUGGGAGACCCGGGGGAAAUAUGUCCAAUGAACUUGAUUUUAGGUCUGUGCGCCUGAUGAAGAAUGACACCAUGAACUUCCAGAAAUUCCCCUACACCAACGAAGAUGAAGCCUGGAAAACCUACCUGGAGAACCCCUUGACUGCAGCCACCAAGGCCAUGAUGAGGGUGAACGGGGACGACGACAGCGUGGCCGCCCUGAGCCUCCUCUAUGACUACUACAUGGUCCCAAAGGAGAAGAGGAUUCUUCCAGCUGGAAUGAUGGGACGCAACGAACUAGGAAAGAGGCACUGCCACGGGAUGGACUACGACCCGGAGAUCGCCUCCUUCGACGGCUCAGCCCAUCUCAUGAAGCUCCUGUCUGAGAACGUUUCCAUGACCCAGGAGUACUGUGAGCCACAGAAGAAGAACGGCUUGAGUCUCGAAGGCGUCCCUCCUCCUCCUCCCCCUCACAAGCCAGCCCUGCUCCCUCCAGGCACCAGCAAGCUGGAGGCCACCCCAGACAACUACCUGGUCCCUGCUGGGGACGUGUACGACAACAGCUCGUUGAACUCCCUCUUCGAGAGCCUCCCCAUGGCCCCGGCGCAGCAGCGGUGGCAGCCAGACAGCACCUUCAAAGAGGACCCCCAGGAGUCGCUGCUCUUCAGUGACAUCCUCAAGCCGCAGCCGGAGCCGCCCUGCCCCGAGAGUUACGGCACGGACGGUGUGAAGAGUGACUUUGAAUACACGCUGGGGUCACCCAAAGCCAUUCACAUCAAGUCUGGGGACUCUCCCAUGGCCUACCUCAACAAAGGACAGUUCUACCCCAUCACUCUGCGGACAGCAGGAGACAGCAAAUGUUUACACUUGUCCUCAAAUAAAGUGAAGAGCGUGGUGAUGAUCGUUUUUGACAACGAGAAGAUCCCCACGGAGCAGCUCAAGUUCUGGAAGCACUGGCACUCCCGCCAGCCCACGGCCAAGCAGAGGGUCAUCGACGUGGCUGACUGCAAGGAGAACUUCAACACGGUGCAGAACAUCGAGGAGUUGGCCUACAACGCCCUGUCCUUCGUGUGGAACAUCCACGAGGAGGCAAAGGUGUUUAUUGGGGUGAACUGCCUGAGCACAGACUUCUCCUCCCAGAAGGGGGUGAAGGGUGUCCCCCUGAACCUGCAGAUCGACACGUACGACUGCGGCGGCGGCGGCAGCCAGCUCGUGCACCGCGCCGUCUGCCAGAUCAAGAUCUUCUGUGACAAGGGAGCAGAGAGGAAAAUGCGGGAUGAUGAAAGGAAACAGUUCAGAAGGAAAGGAAAAUGCUUGGACUCCAACAACAAUGGUCUGAAAGGCUGUUUGCUCUCUGGCUUCAGAGGGAACGAGAUCACGUUCCUGCGGCCGGAGACCGACCUGGAAACGCAGCCGGUCCUGUUCAUCCCCAACGUCCACUUCUCCAGCCUGCAGAGGUGUGGCACGGUGCUCCCUCCUGCUGCUCCCAACGCUGCAAACAGGCUGCCCCUAAAGCGGAGCGGCGCCUCCUUCACGGACGAGUUCGACCCGAUUCCUCUGAAGCAAACCAAGGAAGAGGAUCCCCAGAGAGUCCUGCUGUACGUGCGCAGGGAGUCGGAGGAAGUGUUUGAUGCUCUCAUGCUGAAGACACCGGAUCUCCAGGGCCUCAGGACAGCUAUUUCAGAAAAAUAUGGGCUUCCUGAAGAAAGCAUUUAUAAAGUCUACAAAAAAUGCAAAAGAGGGAUCCUGGUGAACAUGGACAACAACAUCAUCCAGCACUACAGCAACCACAUGGCCUUUCUCCUGGACGUGGUGGAAACAGAGAACAAGUUCCAGGUCAUCCUCAAGGAGCUCUAAAGAGCCUCAGGCAGCACUUAACUGGGACUUCUCUCCGAGCCCACGGAGCUCAGCCUCGUGCCCCUUCUUGUUGCCUUGACUUGAAGCCCCCGUGGCCGGGGCGGCCUCGGGGCCGGGCCACGGACCUGCCUCGAGAUCACUGAUGGAUGUGAACGUGGAACUUCGCUCUGCUGGGCUUAUUAUUAUUAUUAUUAUU